AAAUCGAAACGGAUACAUUUUCACUUAAAGUUGUUUUAUUUACAACAAUAAUGGCUAUGAACAGAUACAUGCAUCCGCGAAAUAUCUAUAAAAACCCUCCAGAUUUUUCGAAGCUUUCAAAAGACUUUUCAGAAUUUUCUAGCAUUUGUAAAACGGAUGUAUCAGGAAAAGUAACAAUCGAUUUCAAAGAUCCACAUUCCUUAAGAGUACUAACAAGGUGUCUACUAAAAUCAGAUUUCAAUCUAGAUGUUAAAAUACCUGAAGACAGAUUAGUGCCCACACUGCCUUUACGACUCAACUAUCUGCUGUGGAUAGAAGACCUAAUUAAAGCUAUCAAAAGAACUGGACAUAUAAAAGGCUUGGACAUAGGUACUGGUGCCUGUGCUAUUUACCCACUUUUGGCAACAGCGAAGAACAAAUGGAGCAUGCUAGGCACUGAAAACGAUGAAGAAAGCCUUAGUAAGGCUUUAGAGAAUGUUCAACAAAAUAAUUUGCAGGAUUUCAUUCAGUUAAAACUAAACAAAACUCAAUCAAUAUAUGAUUUUCUAUUUACUGAAGACAGUGGACUAGGGUUUGACUUCAGUAUGUGCAAUCCUCCUUUCUACAGCAACAUCCAAGAACUCUUAGAAUCUCGCAGUACUGCCAGACCACCUCCAAAGAAUGGAUUUACUGGUUCCCCACAUGAAUUGAUCACAGAUGGAGGAGAGUUAGAAUUUUGUAGAAAAAUGAUACAAGAAAGCAAGAACCAUAAAAAGAAAGUCAUAUUAUUUACUACAAUGGUAGGACAUAAGUUUACAUUAAAUGAAUUAUCUGAAGAUCUGAAAGCAGAAGGUAUUAAAUACACUAGCACGGAAUUCUGCCAAGGCAGGGUCACAAGAUGGGGUUUAGCAUGGACAUAUCAAGACUAUAAUAUUUACAAAUUAGUUCCACCAAGAGAUAAGCCCCGGAAAAAGAUUGCUAACACUGUAUACCAGUUACCAGAAUUAUCAAAUAGUAUAAGUAAUGUUGACAUUGCGUUUGAUAAACUUAAACCCCUUCUUCUGACCUUAAAAAUAUCACGAAAAGUUCUUAACAAAAAAGGAAAUUGUAUACUUCUGGACAUUAUUGCUACUGAAAACACAUGGAGUAAUCAAAGAAGGAAAAGGAGAAUGCUUAAAAGAGAAGACGCAAAUGAUGCAAAGAAAUUAAAACAAGAUUGUUCACUAGAGGCAGAGACUGUUUUGGAGAAUAAUAAUUCAGAAGAAAAACCUAUAGUGCUAGAAAAUGCUUGUUCAAGUAUUGUUAAUGGUUGUGAUGAUGCCAAAACAUCACAAUUGCUGGGAAAUACUGAAGUAGAUAAAGGAGAACAACAGUUAGUUCAUGCAUUUUUAAAACUUUUCUUAAAAGAUGGCCAUAUAUUUCUGGAAACAGAAUUUCUCGAUGGUGCCAGUGGGAAAGAAGGUCUACAUCAAAUAAUACAAUACAUUAAAAACAACUGGAAAUAACAUAACAUUUUAUCAUUGAA